AGAAAUUAGAUAGAUCAUGUCCAUCAAGAGAAUCGAUUAUUCACUUUACCUUGUUACUGAUCGUUCGCUUGUACCUGAAGGAAAGACAUUUUUAGGGCAAAUUGAACGAGCACUCGAAGGUGGUGUGACGUUAGUUCAAUUACGAGAAAAGGACACAGAUACAGGACCGUUCAUUGAUUUUGCCUUUAAAGUGAAAGCAUUAACACGAAAAUUUGGAGUUCCACUCAUCAUUAACGAUCGACUUGAUGUUGCUCAAGCAGUGGAUGCUGAAGGUGUUCAUAUUGGACAAGACGAUAUGCCUCUAAAACAAGCUCGUGCCAUCUUGGGUCCAAACAAGAUCAUUGGUGUUUCCUGCAACACGGAAGAAGAAGCUGCCAUUGCCAUUCGUGAUGGUGCUGAUUACCUUGGUAUCGGUGCUGUUUGGUUUACUUCUACCAAAAAGAAUAUUAAAAAGCCUUUGGGUAUUGAGGGCGUGAAAAGAAUUCUUAAAUCCAUAGAAAAUAACCCAGUUCCUACCGUGGCUAUUGGUGGUAUUAGUGCCAGUAAUGCUUAUGAACUUUUGGUAGGAACAGAGACUGGUAAAAUUCAUAUUGAUGGUCUUGCUAUUGUAUCUGCAAUUAUGGCUGCUGAAGAUCCUAAAAUUGCAUGCGAAGAGUUAUUGAGUUUAAUUGAAAAAGGGUUUGAAAAGAUAGGUGUGAAAGCGAAGAGGACGGUGGAGGAAGCUCUUGAUUAUACAGUUCAAGCUGCAAAAAAUGUGAAAUCUAAAACACCUAUGAUUCAUCAUAUCACAAAUUAUGUGGUGAUCAAUGAUAAUGCUAAUGCUACUCUCGCUGUGGGUGCAUCACCUAUCAUGUCAACCAGUCGUGAUGAAUUCGAGGAUCUUGCAGUCAUAAAUGGGGCCAUGUUGUUGAAUAUGGGUACAUUGAAUGAUGUAAAUAGUAUGAUUUUGGCAGCACAAAUGAAUGCAAGAUAUAAAAACCCAGUAGUAUUAGAUCCUGUUGGUUGUGGAGCAACUGGUUAUCGAAAAGAAGUAGUACAAAGGUUUUUAAAGGAAUGUAAUUUAACUGUAUUAAAGGGAAACGCAGGUGAGAUUCUAUCCAUAGCAGGACUUGGAGGGGAGUCAAGAGGGGUAGAUUCGAUAGGAACUAGUGAAGAAGAAGUCAUGGUGAAUGCAGUCAAGACACUUGCUAGACAGAAUAACUGUGUGGUUGGCUUAACAGGUCCGGUUGAUUAUAUUUCGGAUGGUCAACGUGUCUUUGCUAUUGAGAAUGGUGAUACAUUAUUGCCUUUGAUUACUGGUAGUGGAUGUAUGGUAUCUUCUGUCGUUGCUUGUUUUGUUGCUGCUAAUCGAGAUGAUUACUUGUUGGCUACUGUAGCUGCGAUAUUAACCGUUACAGUUGCAUCUGAAAUGGCAGCUGCUCGUGAAUAUGUCAAUGGUCCUGGUACCUUCCGUGCUGCUUUAAUUGAUGAGUUGUACAAUAUCACAAACUCACCUGAAAAGCUUAAAGAAUAUGCAAAAAUUCGAGUCAUUGAAUAAUGAUUUAUAGUAUAUAUAAUAAUAAUAAUAAUAAUAGCAUAUAUGUGUGUAUAUCAUUAAAUAUAAUAAUCGACACUAUUAGGAUACU